AUGGCCGCUGCCGGCGGGGCGUGGCGCGGCCGGCCAGGGGGCGCGGCCGGCUCGCGAGGGCGGGGGCGUGGCCGCCGCGAGCGAAGUGGCAGCGGGCCUCGGCCAAUCAGCGGCGCGGAGAGCGGCGGCCGCGUUCCAGCCCGCGCGCUCCGGCCAAUGGCGCGGCGCUCGGGGGGCGUGCGCUUUGGGAUCUUCCUGGGAUCUCCCGCCGCGGGGAUCCGCCCGGCCCCGCCCCGGGAAGAGCGGCCGGGAUCCGCUUGCAGCGGGAUCCGCUUGGUGCUGGAUCCCGUGGGAUCUCCCCGGAGCGGGAUCCGCUCGGUGCCGGAGCCCGGGCAACGGGUGCCGGUGUCGGGCUGGCCUGGCUGGCACGAGUGCGCUCCCAGCGCUGGGAUAGCCGCUGGAUCCCGGGUGAUCCGCUCAGAGCGGGAAAAAAUUGGGGUGUGGAUCCAUAGGCUGUGGAUCUACACCGGGGUGUGGGAUGUGGGUGCUGCCAGCUUAGAGCUGCGUUGCCAGGAGGGUGUCCGGUCCUGGCUCUGUGGAGAUCCCUGCUGGAUCCCUGCUGAUGCUCAGCCGGCCGUGGGGCUCCCUGCGGACCCCACUGCUGGGGCUCCCCGCUGCCCGCUGCCGUGUCUCCCGCAGGCUCCGCUGGGACCCGAGGGCUGGCUGGGGGAGCCGCCGUCGCGCCAGGAGGAGGCCGUGCUGCGGGCGCUGGACGCGGGGCUGGAGCGCUGCCUGGCGCUGCACUCGGCCGUGCAGUGCAUCCCCGUGCCCCGGCACAGGAAGCUCUCGGGCAAGGCGGGCAUUGAUGAGGUGAUGGCAGCUGCGGUGCUCACCAGCCUCUCUGCCAGCCCCCUGGUGCUCGGGCACCCACCGGCCACUCAUGCCACAGAGCCUGGCAGUGAGGUCUGGAAGGAGGCUCCUGCCAUGUCCUCCAGCUGCAGCAGCAGCAGCAACGCCAGCGGGGACUGGAGCUGGGACCCCUCCAGCGACCGAUCCACCCCCUCCACCCCCUCACCCCCCCUCUCCAGCCACGUCCCCAGCACCUUCCUGCCUGGCCCACUCCCAGAUGAGGGCCCUGAUGAGCCCGACGGCACCCACUUCGUCUUUGGAGAGCCCACCCCACGGAAGAGGAAGAACUCCACCAAGGUGAUGUUCAAGUGCUUGUGGAAGAGCUGCGGCAAAGUCCUCAGCAGCUCCUCAGGGAUGCAGAAGCACAUCCGAACCAUGCACCUUGGCCGGAAAGCCGACCUGGAGCAGAGCGAUGGCGAGGAGGAUUUCUACUACACGGAGCUGGACGUGGACGUGGAGGCGCUGACUGACGGGCUCUCCAGCCUCACCCCCGUGUCUCCCACCUCCUCGGUGCCCCCCUUCCCCGGCCCCGAGGCUCCUCUGCCACCAGCCCUGCCCAUCCUCGAGCUGGCCCUGGCCUCCCCCUGCAGCCCCCCGGGGCCCCCCGGCCGCUGCCACGUCCACACUGACCACGCGUACCAGGGCUGCCGGACCCCCCCACGGCCACCCGUGUCCCCCACUGUCCCCACCCCGCCACCGCCCAAGCCACCGGCCGUGCCCAGGCGGCCGCGGGGCGAGGCCAAGAAGUGCCGCAAGGUGUACGGCAUGGAGCACCGGGAGAUGUGGUGCACGGCGUGCCGCUGGAAGAAGGCGUGCCAGCGCUUCCUCGACUGACGGAGCCCCGCCGCUCCCUCCUUCUUGCACAUUUUGCACUCGAGGUGCCUUCGCGCCCCCCCCGGCCGCCCCCCGGACUCAGGGAACGGCCCCCCGAAAGCUUUAUGCACACACACAGUCCCCCCUGCCA